AUGGUCGUGUCCAACGUGAGCCUGGGCGGCUGCGCAGGGGUCAACGGCGCUCUGUGUGCCGCAGCCGGGGAAGGGCACCUGAGGGGAGGCUCACACCGGAGCACCCUCACCCCGACGGGGAACCUGGUCGUGGCUGUGUGCCUGGGCUUCAUCGGCACUUUGGGACUUACGAACAACUUGCUGGUGCUGGUGCUCUUCUGCCGCUUCAAGAUGCUGCGGUCGCCCAUCAACCUGCUCCUGAUUAACAUUUCCAUCAGCGACCUGCUGGUGUGCGUACUGGGGACGCCGUUCAGCUUCGCCGCCAGUACGCAGGGAAGGUGGCUGAUAGGAGAAGGCGGAUGCGUGUGGUACGGCUUUGCCAACUCCCUCUUUGGCAUUGUCUCCCUGAUCUCCCUGGCUGUCCUCUCCUAUGAGCGCUACAGCACCAUGGUGGCGCCUACUGAGGCGGACUCCUCCAACUACCAUAAGAUCUCCUUGGGGAUCACCCUGUCCUGGGUCUACUCCCUCAUCUGGACUGUGCCGCCUCUCUUUGGCUGGAGCCACUAUGGCCCAGAGGGGCCCGGAACCACCUGCUCUGUGGACUGGACGGCCAAGACGGCGAAUAGCAUAUCUUACAUCAUCUGCCUGUUUGUCUUCUGCCUCAUCGGGCCGUUCAUGGUGAUCUUGUUUUGCUAUGGGAAGCUUCUGUGCGCCAUCAGACAGGUGAGCGGGAUCAAUCCAUCCAUGAGCAGGAAACGUGAGCAGCGCGUGUUAUUCAUGGUGGUGAUCAUGGUGAUCUGCUACCUCUUGUGCUGGCUUCCGUACGGCAUCAUGGCCCUGAUGGCCACCUUCGGGCCGCCUGGAAUGGUCACCCCCGUGGCGAGCAUCAUCCCCUCAGUCCUGGCCAAGACAAGCACGGUCAUUAACCCAGUCAUCUAUGUCUUCAUGAAUAAACAGUUUUACAGAUGUUUCAAAGCCCUACUGCAUUGUGAGGUUCCACGACGUGGCUCCAGCUUUAAGAGUUCCUCCAAGGUCGCCACCAAAGCCAUAAGGGGUGUAGCAGUUACUGGUCCCCGCCGCACCAAUGACUUCCUAUUUAUGGUAGCCUCCCUGGGUCAACCGGUCGCCACCAUUCCCCAACUGGUCCCAUCAGUGGAACCAACCAUCAAUAUCACCAGAGGCCCCUCUUCAGACAUCAACAAACCGGUUGUAGUAUCACUAGUGGCCCACUUUGAUGGCUGAUGAUUGGCUAUAACCAUGAAAUCCCAAAGUCCCCAGCGAGGAAGUCAUUAAUUAUGAGUGGUGGUGUCAAUGAGGCUUGGAG